UAAACGGGGUCCCCGCGUCUAGUCAAAUGGACAGCCCGUCGAGCACCAUGCAAGACAUCAGCCACAGAUAGAUCCUGGGCAUGCUGGGCAAAUCAAUCGUUAUCUGUUCGUUCUGUCUGCUCUUCCGCCAGAUAUCUCUUUGAAUUGAUGUUUUUUCACUUCUGGAUGUCGUUUUCAAUUGAUGUUUUUUUCACUUCUGGAUGUUUGUUUUCAAUUGAUGUUGAUGGCUGUGCUCUCGUAUUAUUGGAUGCAGAUGCGGGAAGAUUGCAAAUUCCUAUUGGUCAGUAAUCUGUUCACACUCGGAGAUUCUCUGCGACUAUUGGCUAGUGACAGCACAGAAAAUGGGUUCUCUUCAUUCUCAUUGGAUGAGACUGUACCUUCACAUGAAACUAAAUUUAUGAUAGGCCCAUCACAAGACAAGAAAAACUCUUUCGCUGCAUAUAAAACGCCGUGCUAUAAGUCUUGGAACAUGAUAGGGAGGAUGAAGGAGUCGGGGAUAAGGGGGACGAUGGGCUUCUUCUUCUUCUCUUUCUUUUGGCUAAAAAACUUCGUUGUGAUCGUCGUCUUGCAUGCAGAAUGCAGAGAUGGAGAGAGAAUAUGUCCAUCCGGCCAAGAGAUUCUACAUAAACCAAGUAGUGAUUAUCGGCGCCAGGCAGUCACUGCCAUCAGCCUUGGGUUGACGGGAUGCUGGCGAUGCUGAGAGAAGUCGAUGCUUUGGCGAUGAGCAUUCAUGAAGAUAACGGCAGAUCCUGUCUCGAAUGCCGUCGGAGCGUGGGUGGUGGCCAGCUUGAAGGCUCAUUGAUAUCUGUCAGGGGUCAAGCAUCAGAGUACAGCACAGCAAGCAUAGCAGAGCACCAUUAAUCUGCAUUCUCUAGUCAUGCAUAAUAGCUAUAGCCAUGAGUUAUUUGGCUGUCUAAUGGAUUCUCUGUCUACUAUCCGUAGCCGUAGCUUGACACUGUAGCUGGUCCUGAAUAUCCGGACUUUGAUAUUCCCUCCUUCACCCUGACCACCAGUAUAUUCAGUCAAUCUACUACAAUAUACGCCGUACUGCUACAAUAUACGCCGUACAUCUAUGUAAUAUCGUCUUCAUGCCGAGUAUGAAUCACCUCGUAUGUAGAGCGAGGCAGCGAGAUCGGCCUAUCAGCGCCUCCGCAUAAAUAAUCUCGCCAGCGCAAAGACGAACAAAAACCACCGCAACAAGUCGAACUCGCUGGAGACGUCGACGAAGCAUCUCUCAGACCCGCGAGAACCCGCCGAGAUGCUUCGAAUACACCGUGCCGGGCGUCUGUCCUCAAGGACUCUGCUCUCUCUGCUCCCGUAAGUUGAGUCGUGUCGCAUCUCGAAGCUCCUGGAGCUACCCCUGCAGCAGCGAAGUCGGACUCAUAGCUAGUUAACUGACAGCCCUCGAACUUCACAGGCAAACCGCGCAGCGCAGCGCCUCGUCCUCGUCGAGGAAGCCCGAAAGCGAGCUCAACAGCGUGUCGAGACAUGUCACCCAGCCUAUCUCGCAGGGCGCCUCGCAGGCCAUGCUCUAUGCCACCGGGCUGUCGACAGAGGACAUGUCCAAGGCGCAGGUCGGCAUCUCCAGCGUCUGGUACAACGGCAACCCAUGCAACAUGCAUCUGCUCGACCUAAGCAACAGGGUACGGGCCGGCGUGCAGAAGAGCGGCCUGAUUGGAUACCAGUUCAAUACCAUUGGAGUCAGCGAUGGCAUCAGCAUGGGCACCAAGGGGAUGCGCUACAGCCUGCAGAGCCGAGACCUGAUCGCGGACUCGAUCGAGACGGUCAUGGGCGGUCAGUGGUACGAUGCUAACAUCAGUAUCCCGGGCUGUGACAAGAACAUGCCUGGCGUCGUCAUGGCGAUGGGCAGAGUCAACCGGCCGAGUCUGAUGGUCUACGGAGGCACUAUACGGCCUGGCUGUGCGGCCACACAGGGCAACGCAGAUAUCGAUAUCGUCUCGGCGUUCCAGGCGUACGGCCAGUUCCUGACGGGUGAGAUCACCGAGGAACAGCGCUUCGAUAUCAUCCGGCAUGCUUGUCCUGGUGGCGGUGCCUGUGGUGGAAUGUACACGGCCAACACCAUGGCUUCCGCUAUCGAGGUGAUGGGCAUGACUCUGCCGGGCUCUUCGUCGAACCCGGCCGAGUCCAAGGCUAAGUUUAUCGAGUGUGAAGCUGCAGGCGGUGCCAUCAAGAACCUUCUGGUCGAAGAUAUCCGGCCGUCCGAUAUCCUCACUCGCCAGGCCUUUGAGAACGCCAUGGUCUUGGUGACGGUGACGGGAGGCUCGACCAACGCGGUUCUGCAUCUUAUCGCCAUUGCAGACUCUGUAGGCAUCAAGCUAACCAUAGACGACUUCCAAGCCGUCAGUGACCGAGUCCCUUUCCUCGCUGACCUGAAACCGUCUGGCAAAUAUGUCAUGGCUGAUCUACACAAUAUUGGUGGAACCCCGUCCUUAAUCAAAUUCCUGCUCAAGGAGGGCCUCAUCGACGGCUCAGGAAUCACGGUGACGGGCCAGACGCUGGCCAAGAAUGUCGAGAAGUUCCCUGACUUCCCGUCUGACCAGAAGAUUAUCAGGCCGCUCUCUGAUCCCAUCAAGCCAACGGGCCAUCUACAGAUCUUGCGUGGUAGUCUUGCGCCUGGAGGGAGUGUUGGCAAGAUUACCGGCAAGGAGGGCACGCGGUUCGUCGGCAAGGCCAGAGUGUUUGAUCACGAAGACGACUUUAUUGCUGCAUUGGAAAGCAAGGAGAUUAAGAAGGACGAGAAGACUGUCGUCGUUAUUCGAUAUACCGGCCCCAAGGGCGGUCCGGGCAUGCCAGAAAUGUUAAAGCCAUCAUCUGCCCUGAUGGGUGCAGGACUGGGCCACUCCGUUGCCCUAAUAACUGACGGCCGAUUCAGCGGUGGCUCCCACGGCUUUUUGAUUGGCCAUAUCGUCCCCGAGGCCGCCGUGGGUGGCCCCAUCGGACUCGUUGAGGAUGGCGAUCAGAUCACCAUCGACGCUGAGAAUAGGGUUCUUGACCUUGAUGUUGCCGAGAACGUGCUUGCACAGCGUAGGGAGCAGUGGUUGGCUCGAGAGCAGGCUGGUCAAGGCCGGCCUACCGGACUGACUAUGAGAGGCACAUUGGGGAAGUAUGCCAGAAGCGUCAAAGAUGCUAGCCCCGGGUGUAUAACGGACAGCUUUUAAGAAGGAAAGUUUGUACUUUGCACUCGAUAGAAAAGGGGGAAAAUAACAAUGUAUACUUUUUUGGCCUAGCAAUGGGGUUUAGUCAUUUUCUAAUCAUAUUUUCCUGUAUAAUUUGGUUGUAUAAGUGUCUUUAUGAGUGUAUCCUGUCCCUAGCUAUAUACCCGAAAUUUGGUUGUUAAGAGAAAAAAGAAAGGGAAUAGAUCCCAGAAUUCCGCAUAUGCCCCGUGCCGUGAAUAUCCCAGGAUUCGAUUCCCAUGUCAUGUCUGGUCAUUUGGUGGUUGUCUUGCCCGUGUAACUCCAUCCCCCGUAGUAAGAAAGGUGAAAAAAAGGCCGCUCUUGCACCAGGCAUAGAAGGGUUGAAC